UUUAGUCUUGUUGUUCAUGGGUGCAUUAUGUGGAGAUAUUGUACUGUUGGUGCUUUGGUGAAUGUGAUCUUGAUUUUCUCCAAUCUGACUUGACUGAUGUUCAUUGUAGGCACUAAAUUGCAUAAUUGAUUGUUAAUAAGCUAUAAAAAUGGUCAAGAAGACAAUAAUCGUGGCACUGGCGCUGCUGCUGUUGGCAUCGGUUGCCACUUUUGUGGGCGUCUACUUCGGUUUGGGGAGCAGGAAGCACCCUAGUGAUCAAGUAUACUUGAAGGCGGCUGUGGCAGCAGAUGCUGGGCCGUGUUCGGAGGUCGGCAGAGACAUACUGAUGAAAGGGGGAUCUGCAGUAGAUGCCGCUAUAGCUGCUUUACUGUGUGGUGGACUCAUGAAUGCUCACAGUAUGGGCAUUGGAGGAGGACUUUUCUUCACCAUAUACAAUGCAACAACUGGUAACGUUGAGACCAUUGAUGCCAGGGAGACCGCACCACGUAAUGCCACAGAGAACAUGUUUGGGAACAGUACAGACUUAUCCCGGAACGGAGGUUUGUCUAUUGCUGUACCAGGGGAGAUUCGAGGUUAUGAGAUGGCAUACAAACGACAUGGUAAACUGCCUUGGAAAGACUUGUUCCAGCCAAGCAUUCAUCUUGCAGAAAAAGGUUUUCCUUUGGGCAGGGCACUUGCCUCUGCUGUGUCCAGACACAGAAAAACCAUCCUCAACGACACAACCCUGUGUGAAGUGUUUUGUGGGACAAAUGGUGAUGUCCUAAAAGAAAAUGAAAUCGUUAAAUUUACCAAGCUUGCAGAAACCUACAGGAAAAUAGCUGAAGAGGGUCCUGAUGCUUUCUAUGAGGGACAACUGGCUCAGAAGCUUGUGACAGAUAUUCAGGCAGCAGGCGGUAUCAUCACAAUGGAGGAUCUGAAGGAUUAUGUGCCUGUCUUGGAUGAGAACCCUUUAAGGGUGAAUGUGGGGGAGUACACCAUGGCUGUUCCCAAUGCCCCCGCUAGCGGCCCUGUGCUCUCACUGAUAUUAAACAUCUUGAAUGGGUACAACUUCAGCUCAGAUAGUGUGGCAAGCAAUGAGAAAAAGAUCCUAACCUACCAUCGCAUCGUGGAGGCCUUUCGUUUCGCUUAUGCGAAGAGGACCUUACUUGGAGAUCCAAGGUUUCUCAGCAUCUCAGAUCUCAUCCAUAAUAUGACUUCAAGAUCCUACGCCAAUGAACUCCGUGGAAAGAUUACAGAUGACACCACGCAUCACAUGAGCUACUAUGAGCCAGACUUUUACCUGCCUGAAAACCACGGAACCGCACAUAUCUCUGUAAUAGCAGAAGACGGAAGCGCUGUGGCAGCCACCAGCACCAUCAACCAAUAUCUGGGCUCCAAAGUCAUGUCAAGAUCAACUGGGAUACUUCUCAACAAUGAGAUGGAUGACUUCAGCUCCCCGCUCAUCACAAACGGCUUUGGAGUGCCUCCUUCACCGAACAACUUCAUCAGGCCAGGAAAAAGGCCAAUGUCUUCUAUGUGUCCAACCAUCCUCUUCAAUAAAAACAACAAAGUUAAGAUGGUGGUCGGAGGCUCAGGAGGAACGAAAAUCACUACUUCUAUCGCUCAGGUAAUUCUGAAUGCACUGUUCUUCAACUACAAUCUGAGUAAAGCCGUCAUGGAUCCAAGGCUCCACAACCAGCUGAGUCCCAACAUGACUGUAGCCGAGCCUGACUUUGACAAAAACGUUCUGGAUGGUUUGGCAUUGAAGAACCACGAGACAGAAUUUCUCAAGUCAACAGGAGCCGUGGUGCAGGCGGUGGUUCAUUAUGAUGACGGACUCCACGCUCAGUCAGAUCCUCGCAAGUGGGCGUACGCUGCAGGGUACUGAGGUCAUAAACACACCUCCCAUUAUUCAGAGAGACUGUAGCUGUGUGAACCUUGACUGCGAUGGUAGCUGAGAGAUUAGAGACUUAAUAAAAAACCAGGAACCAGCGUCAGCUGUCUUGGGCACCAGUUGUUCUCUCGUUAAGGUAGAAUAAUGUUUAUGUACUUCAUAACAAGUAACUGAGAUAACAGGACAUGGACGUACAGAUUGUUAUGACCUUGACAGCAAAGUGCCUCAGCCUGAAACUGAUUCUGAAUA